AUGUUUGCAGUAGACUGGAUUUCUAAAGCCUUACCGAUUAGUCGGGCAAAACCCAAAAUUUUGGUUCUGGGUUUGGAUAAUUCAGGAAAAACCACACUUUUAAUCAUACUAAAUCGCACAAGUCCUCUUCUAGCAACUUCUUUAGGACCUCUUGUCACAAUUCCUACACUUAGUCCUUCAUCAACGGAGUUUUUAAUAGGAGAUACUGUCUGUGACGGGUAUGAUAUAGGAGGUUAUCUUCCUAACAGAACAUGUUGGGCACAAUAUACGUAUGACGUUUCAGGAGUUAUAUUUUGUGUAGACGCGUCUGAUCCUGAUAAAUUUGAUACGGCUAAGUUUGAAUUGGACAAACUUCUUGUGAACGAAAAUUUGGACGGCGUUCCAAUUUUGGUCUUUGGAACUAAAGUUGAUGCGCCAAAAUCAGUCAAUGAGGAAAGACUCAUGCAAGCAUUGAAUAUUGGAUAUACUCUUAAAAAGGGGACAGCUGUAGCCAUUACCAAUGUUAGUAGACCGAUAGAGGUAUUCAUGUGCUCGAUGCUUAGUAAAAGAGGGAUCGAGAGUGGAAUGCUUUGGCUAUCUCAGUUUAUAAAUAAAUAA